UAUGUAGCCACGAGUCACCUGCAAUACCAGUCUAUCGGCACCAAAAGAUAAGAUGGGGCAGAAGAGAUAAGUGGGUGGGGAACUUCGGGUUCCUCUCAUGGCGUCGAUGCUAAUGGGUCAAGUUCCUACCUCUAAUCCCUCAUCUCGCCCAAUUUCCAGACCCAUUUGCCGUCAGAAAGACUCACCGGAGCCUCAAAUUAGUAGAAGGGAGGUGGUGCUGAGGAGCAGCGAAAUGGCAACUUUGGCAGCCAUCUUCCACUUCAGUGGAACCAAACCUAACUAUCUCGGUGUUCAAAAGAGUCCACCAUCUCUGGCAUUGUGUCCUGUAACGAAUAAUUGCAUAUCUACUUCAGAGGAGAAGAAUGAUCUCAAGCACUAUGUCCCUCCAUGGAACUACAACCCUCAAGAUGGACGCAAGAAGAAGACAACAAGCAGAGAUGAAGCAAUGGCCGAGCUUCUUCAAGUGGUUGAAUCAAUCAAGCCUGAUAACUUCAGUGCCCAUGUAGUGGAGAAAAAAGAAGACUACGUUCGGGUCGAGUAUGAGAGCCCUAUAAUGGGGUUCGUAGAUGAUGUCGAGUUCUGGUUCCCACCAGGCAGUAGAACUGUCGUGGAAUAUCGAUCUGCAUCUCGUUUGGGGAACUUUGAUUUUGAUAUCAAUAGAAAGAGAAUAAAGGCAUUGCGAUCGGAACUCGAGAAAAAAGGAUGGGCAUCAGAGACUGACUUCUGAGAAAUACAUGUUAAAUUGGAAACAUCAAGCUCCAAGUUUUCACAACAUGAAUUCAUCAUCUUCUUCCACAUUUGAGCAGAGACUUCGCCACUCAAACAAUCCUGUCUAAUUUUUGUGACAUUGCCUUCAUUAUUUAUGUUUCCCAGUUGUUACAUGUAAGAGCCGUCUGUUCUGAACUUUGCUGCAGAAAUGCUAAUCUGGAGAUUAGUGUGCUGCAGGAAUCAGAUAAUUUCCCAAUUUCUCAUAACAUUGUUAAUUUUCCUCCUCGUCCUUUUGCAGCAAAAGAUUAUUCAGCAUCUAAAUCCUCAACUCUCAGUGACAUCACUCUUUAAAAAUGUCUCCGUAACUCUCUA